ACAAAAAUCGUUUCAAGUUUGUAGGUAGGAAUAAUAUUAAAGUAGCCUGGUAUUCGUAGUGCAUCACAAAUUGGAAUAUCCGAACACGUAUUUUGCCCUUUCCAAAAUAUGAAUGAGGAUAAUGAAACUGGACUAAUUAAAGACAUAUUUACAAAUAAUGAGAAGUGUCUUACAGAUGAGGAAAAGCAACGUUUACAUGAGCAAGAUAAACGAUUGGUAUCUGAUUUUAAAGCAAAAGAGUUGGAACUGCAAGCACAAAGGAAUUGGGAUCUUUUCUAUAAAAGGAAUGAAACUAGAUUUUUUAAAGACCGGCGUUGGACGACAAGAGAGUUUACGGAAUUAUUAUGCGACACUGACAGUGGUACUACCACAAAUUCAAAAAAACGAUAUAUGUUGGAAGUAGGCUGUGGGGUUGGUAAUCUUAUAUAUCCUCUAAUCGAGGAUAAAACUCUUGCAAAUAAAUUUUUCUACUACGCUUGCGAUUUUUCACCUCGUGCAAUAGAAUUUGUACGCACGAAUUCAUUAUACGAUGAAAAUUGUAUGAAAGCAUUUCAAUGUGAUAUAACCACUGAAGAACUAUUAGAUACUAUACCAAAAUCUUCGCUAGAUAUUAUCACAAUGGUGUUCGUCUUGUCAGCAAUAAAUCCGAAAAAGUUUCCAAUUGUUGUGAAGAACUUGAGGGAACUAUUGAAACCAAAUGGCAUUGUACUCUUCCGUGAU